AUGCAGCCUCCAUUUGUGCCGGGCACUGUUCUCUUGGUUGAUGACACACACGAGCAAUCUACGAAGCAUGCGACUGGAAAACACACCGAGAUUGUCCUCAUCCCACCUCCUUCAGACGAUCCAAAUGAUCCCUUGAACUGGUCCCCGGCGCGGAAGAAGCAGCAUCUCAUCCUACUAUGUAUAUAUACAUUCUUCAUGAACGGCUUGAUCAACUUCUACGGUGUCGCCUAUGACGGCCUCGCGCCGGAUUUGAACACAACGUUCGACGGCUUGAAUACAGGGAGCGCUAUUUUAUUUCUCUUCAGCGGCGUUGGCGCAGCCUUCUGGCAACCAGUCGCAAUGAAGAUCGGUCGUCGCCCGGUGUAUAUUAUGGGACUUCUCAUCGCCAUGGUCGGGAGUAUCAUUGGCGCUGUACAAACUAAUUGGGGAGUUUGGGUAACAUUUAAUGUGUUUUGGGGUCUCGGAUGCGGUCCGAAGGAGGGCCUCCCCCAAAUUUCGUUACAGGACACUUAUUUUGCGCACCAGAUGGGUUCCAAAGUAGGAUACUGGGCACUAUCUUACAGUGCUGGUGCUUUCGUUGUCCCUCUUGUCGCGGGUUAUGUGUAUGUAGACUUGAGCUGGCGGUGGUGUUUCUGGAUCACUGCGAUCGGCUUUGCUACGGUGGCACUGGUAUUGUUCUUCGGCCUGGAAGAAACGCUCUAUCCCAGAUCGUACCACACACAUCAGGCAGGACUUCGUCGCACAGGAACCGCGGAGACUCCGUCAGAGAAUGACAGUAAACGUACCGAAUCCGGAUAUGUGGGGAAUGCAAUUAAGAUGAAGUCGUACUGGCAGACUCAUCCGCUGCACUCAUGGGGCGUGAACCCCAACUCAGCCUGGCGCGAUCUCUUUCUUCGUCCGUACCAACUCGCCUUCUUUCCGCCCGUUCUCUGGGCCGGUGUGUUCACCGGCAUCUCGAUUUGCUGGUGGGCUGCAAUCUUCACAACGGAAUCUCAGUUCUUCACCGGCCCACCGUAUCUAUGGAGUGGUGAAAAGGUAGGCCUCACCAACGCUGCCGCGCUUCUUGGUUCCAUCCUAGGCACUGUCUUCGCAGGAAACGUCAGCGACUGGUUCAUCAUCGUUGUGGCGCGCCGCAACAACGGCAUCCGAGAGCCAGAACACAGACUUGUCCUCCUGGUCGUAACCGCUGUCGUUACCUCGGGCGGGUUAGUGAUGUACGGUAAAGGCGUGGAAGUCGGAGUUCAUUGGAUAUGUCCUGUGUUCGGAAUGGGGUUAAUGGCUUUCGGAUUUACUGCAUCUUCAAUAAUUGGAGAGACAUAUAUCCUCGACUCCUAUCGGGCGGUGGCACCAGAGGCCUUAGUACUGAUUAACAUCUUCCGCAACUUGAUCGGCAUGACAUUUGUCUUCGCUGUGCAGCCGUGGCUAAUCCACUCUGGUUACGGUAAUGCGUAUAUCCAGAUGAUGGCCAUGGGCCUUAUUGCUCAUUUGACCGUCAUCCCCAUGAUGAUUUGGGGGAAGCGACUGCGCGCGAUGACCGCAGGGCGAUACGUGCGCAUGGUUGAGGCGAGUGGUAUUCCUCGGGAGUUCGCCUGA